AUGGAAGGCGUGUAUUUUAAUAUUGACAAUGGGUUUAUUGAAGGUGUAGUGAGAGGCUACAGAAAUGGGUUAUUAUCUAAUAACCAAUACAUUAACUUAACACAAUGUGACACGUUGGAAGAUUUAAAAUUACAAUUAUCAUCGACAGACUAUGGUAAUUUUCUUUCCUCUGUUUCCUCAGAGUCUUUGACCACGUCGUUGAUUCAAGAAUAUGCCUCCAGCAAGUUGUAUCACGAAUUCAACUACAUAAGAGACCAAUCUAGUGGACCCACGAGAAAGUUCAUGGACUAUAUCACUUAUGGUUACAUGAUCGACAAUGUAGCAUUGAUGAUUACAGGUACUAUUCAUGACCGUGAUAAGGGUGAAAUUUUACAGCGUUGUCAUCCGCUAGGGUGGUUUGAUACUUUGCCCACAUUGAGUGUUGCUACUGAUCUUGAAUCCCUAUACGAAACCGUAUUGGUGGAUACCCCAUUGGCGCCUUACUUCAAAAACUGUUUUGACACGGCAGAGGAGCUAGAUGAUAUGAACAUUGAAAUUAUUAGAAACAAGCUGUACAAGGCUUAUUUAGAAGAUUUUUACAAUUUCGUUACCGAAGAAAUUCCAGAACCCGCCAAAGAAUGUAUGCAAACAUUACUAGGGUUUGAAGCUGAUAGAAGAAGUAUCAAUAUUGCACUCAACUCUUUGCAAAGUUCAGAUAUUGACCCCGAUUUGAAAAGUGACUUGUUACCUAACAUAGGUAAGCUAUACCCUCUUGCAACAUUUCACUUGGCACAAGCCCAAGACUUCGAAGGUGUUAGAGCUGCCUUAGCUAAUGUCUAUGAGUAUAGGGGAUUUUUGGAGACUGGUAACUUAGAAGAUCAUUUUUACCAAUUAGAAAUGGAAUUAUGUAGAGAUGCUUUCACGCAACAAUUCGCCAUCAGCACCGUUUGGGCCUGGAUGAAAUCCAAAGAACAAGAAGUUAGAAAUAUUACCUGGAUUGCGGAAUGUAUCGCUCAAAAUCAAAGAGAAAGAAUAAACAAUUAUAUUUCCGUUUAUUGA